GAUGCUGCAGGAUGCCGGGGAUACUGUUAGGAGACGUCUUUCCCAACUUCGAAGCCGAUUCCACUUUUGGCAGAAUGAAACUGCAUGAUUUUCUGGGAGAUUGCUGGGGCGUCCUGUUCUCUCACCCUCGAGACUUCACUCCCGUCUGCACCACUGAACUCGGCAGAGCCGCUCAACUCAGUCCCGACUUCAGCAGGCGUAACGUGAAGCUGAUCGCGCUCUCCGUCGACGGUCUGGAGGAGCAUCACGACUGGAGCAAGGACAUCAUGGCUUACAAUAACGCAGAGCCUGGGAGCGAGUUUCCUUUCCCCAUCGUAGCGGACGAUCGACGGGAGCUGGUGGAGAAACUGGGCAUGCUGGACCCGGAGGAGAAGGACCGGAGCGGGAUGCCGCUCAGCGCCAGAUGUGUGUUUGUGAUCGGUCCGGAUAAGAAGCUGAAGCUCUCCAUUCUCUAUCCUGCAACAACAGGACGAAACUUUGACGAGAUUCUCCGUGUCAUUGACUCGUUACAGUUAACGGCGCACAACCGCGUGGCUACGCCUGUGGACUGGCGGACUGGAGACAGUGUGAUGGUGCCGCCCAGCAUCUCUGAGCAGGAGGCCGUGACGCUCUUCCCUGCUGGAGUUUAUACCAAACACCUGCCGUCCGGGAAGAAAUACCUGCGCUACACACCACAACCCAACACACAUCAGCAGUGAACUACAGACGGAAAACUGGAGACCAGCUGUGGUGUUGUGCCGUGGUUUCGUCUUUUUUAGCGCGAGAGUUGGGGACAGGUGUGGAGUGUUACCUGUGAUUGGCGUUUCGGCUAAAAAGAGGAGAUUCAGGGAGCAGUGGUGGCUGUGGACUUUGGUGCCGUUCGUCUCCCCUCUUCAGUCCCGGAUUGUUUUCUUUCGUUGUUUGUUUUUUCCCUUAUUCAUACUUAAUUUUGGUAUUAAUUUGAUCUGUUUUUGAUUAAAUGUUCAGUUGUUGAAUUUAGUUUCAUGUGUGGCCUCCCCUUAUUUGUACUGUUUCUUCACCCAGAGCCAGGUGGUUAUAACACCACCAACAAAAUUUCACAUGCAAUCUCCACACUAAAUGCAGUCAAAAUAAAAAUAAAUAAACUAGCAAUCUAGUAUAUAAAUAGACAUAACAGACAUAAUAAUUAAUAAAAUGCUCAUUAGAUAUUAAAUCACGAUUUACACUGAAAUCUCAGUCAUUUAUUAGCUUGAUUCAAAGCGUUAAUGGCUCUAGGAAUAAAACUGUUCCUCAGACGUGAAGUGCGGGCAUAAAAUGACUUAAAGCGCCUACCAGAUGGCAGA